GUGGCUUCACAGCAUCGUUGGCAGAAUAAUCCUCACAGUAGCAGUUUGGGGAUUUAGACACUGACUGAAAUUUCUUUAACUGCAUUUGUCUCUUGUAGUAACGCCAUGGCUGAGUCCAGUUUCCCUCUUCCACCAGAUGCUUACCCCUGCCCACUGUGUACAGAUGCCCUGAGAGACCCGGUCACCAUCCCUUGUGGUGACACCUACUGCCUAGAGUGCAUCAAGAUCUACUGGGACCAGUUUGACCACAUCGGGGUGUACGGUUGCCCUCAGUGCCGUGCGUCCUUCACACCGCGGCCUGUCCUGAGGCGUAACCUGCCUGACGUCCAACAUGAGCAUAGGCGCCACCUGCCAGAGCUCACCCCGUUCCCCCACCUGCACCGAGACUCCCUCUGCGAUUUCUGCGUCGGCCGUCGCAAAAAGGCCGUGAAGUCGUGCCUCAUGUGCCUGGCGUACUACUGCGAGACGCACGUCAAGCCACAUUACGAGUCAUCCACUUUCAAGAGGCACAAGCUGGUGGAUGAGACGGGUCACCUGGACAGGAAGAUCUGUCCUCAGCAUGAGAAAGGCCUGGAGCUGUUCUGCCGCUCCGACCAGAUGUGUAUCUGUGUGCUGUGCACGGUCAGAGAGCACCGCAGCCACAACAUUAUCUCAGCAGAGGAAGAGCGCACUGAGAAACAAAAAGUCUUGGUGGUGACCCAGUCUGAAGUCCAGCACAUCAUUCAGGAGAGGAUGAAGGAGCUGCAGGAGCUCAGGCAUAAUGUCGAUGUCCUCAAGAGUUGUGCCCAGCGAGCGCAGACCGACAGUGACAAGACCUUCCAUGAAAUGCUCCAGGCGGUGGAGCGCUGGCACGCCGAAAUCAACCAGAUGAUAAAAGCCAACAUGCAGGCAGCCAUGUCGCAGGCCGAGGGCUACGUGGAGCGUCUGGAGCAGGAGAUACUGGAGCUGCAGCGCAGAGAUGCAGAGCUGCGGCAGAUCCUCGAAACGGAGGACAACAUUCACUUUCUGCAGAACUUCCCUACACUGUGCGUUCGUCCUGAGCCCAUGGUGCCCAAGGUGCUCAUCAACCCCCAGUUCUCCUUUGGAGAGAUGAGCAAGACAGCCUCAGACAUGAAGGAGCAUGUAGACGACAUCUGUAAGAAGGAACUGAGCAAGAUCGCAAAGACAGUCAGUGAAACACCUGUGUACAUACUUUUGCCAAGAAAUGGAGACAAGCGGCUUAAAGUUCCCUCCAGAGCAGAUUUUCAGGAGCCAAAAACCAGAGCAGACUUCUUGAGAUACUCCUGUAAGUUGUCGUUCGACCCAAACACCGUCUAUAAAGAGCUGGUCCUGUCAGAUGGGAACCAGAAGGUGACCCGAAAGAAAACGGUCCAGUUUUACCCCGAUCACCCUGAACGCUUCGACGGCUUCUCCCAGGUGCUGUGCAGGGAGCCUCUGAGUGGGUUCAGGUUUUACUGGGAGGCUGAGUGGAGCGGGGAGUUUUCCAUCGGCGUGGCCUACAGGAGCAUCAGUCGCAAGGGGAAGAACUCUCACAGCCUGCUGGGCUACAAUGACAAGUCGUGGAGCCUCCUCUGCUCAGACUCGGGAUACUCUGCCUGGUACAACAAACAAGACCAGGAACUGCCUGGUGCACCGAGGGCCACGCGGAUCGGUGUGUACCUGGACUAUGCUGGCAACACCGUGGCCUUUUACUCAGUAUCAGAGACUAUGGAGCUUAUCCACAGGUUCAAAGCCCAGUUCACUGAGCCCUUGUUGGCUGGUUUUGGUGUGGGCUCCUCAGUUACCCUCUGCCAGGUGAAACACAAUCCCCUGCCUUACUGAGAUCAACCGUCAGUGAAAUUUCAUCAUUAAGAUAAAUAUUGUAAGUUGAUGUCUGCAUACCAUUUCUUCUAUUCAGAUUAUGUUUAUAAUCACGGAUCUGCCUGAAAUGUCCAUGCAUGUAAAUAUGAUCUGAAUGCGUGACACUUUCAUUUACAAUAUCCAUUUUUCGUUUGUUCACUCAUUUGCUUUUGCACCCAUGCACAAAUCUUCUGGCUGAGUUGAGCCUGUUAAUUCCAUCCUUAAGUUAUCAUUGUAAAUAGUGAUUCAGUAUGCUCAAAGUUUUGCUCCAAAACAAAAUGCACCACAAAAGAUGGCUUGUACAAAAAUGAAAAUAUAUGAUGGACUCGUAAAAGGAUAGAAGGUAAAUUGAGUUCUCUGAGGACAAAACUAAAGAAGAUGAUAACAUGUUAUGAUAAAGAUUGUGAUAACAAGUAAAAUCCACAACCAAAGUGUAUAGAGAGAGAAGGCUGAAUCACAGUGAUUGACUGCAGUGAGACAGAAAAAAAGAGUGCAGUGCAGCCUUUAUGACACCAAGGGGCAGUGCUGAGCAUUUUGCUAAACAGAGGAGAUGACAUGCUGCUCAGUGGAGCUAAAGGCCAUAAAUCACUACAGCUGAUUCAUAGUAUUUACAAGUGACUGGGCUAUACUCAAUUAUUAAGACAUCAUUAUAUUCCAACAUACAAUCAGUGGCUGGAAAAUGUGAAUCUUUCUAAACAUUUUAGCACUGAGGCUAUCUUAUAUUUAUUGGAUGCAUUUAGGAAACAUUUAGG